ACCACUUCAUAUUCAAUUAAAAUCAAGAUUUUUGAGAGUGAAGAAAUAAAGAAGUUUAAAGCAUUGGACUAUGUCGUUGAUAGUUAAAGCAUCUCUCUAUGGCAACUGGGGACGUCCAGAGCCACUUGAAACUAGAAGAUUCUCAAUUGAUCAAGAAGUUGCGACAAGUUUUACUUACUUGACGCAAAAGCUGGCCCAGGUUUUUUCUAACCUUGAAGCUGACAAAAUUAUAGUUACUUAUGCAGAUGCUGAUGGAGAUAAAGUAACUAUAAGCACAGAUGAUGAACUCACUGAAGCUUUGUCUCAAUUUGAUGGAACAAUCUUUCGUAUUGCAAUAAAGAGUAAGUUGAUUGCAAAUUAUUAUGCAUGAAACAACGUCAUGAAA